AUGUCAGUCGAAGCUGCUGUAUCAUAUGCUGCUUUAAUUUUAGCAGAUUCAGAACAAGAAAUCACUAGUGAAAAAUUAAUAAACAUCACUAAAGCCGCAAAUGCAAAUGUUGAUUCAAUUUGGGCUGAUGUUUUUGCAAAAGCUUUAGAAGGUAAAAAUUUAAAAGAAUUAUUAUUUUCAUUUGCUGCUUCUGCUCCUGCUGCUAGUGCUGGUGCUGGUGCUGCUGGUGCUUCUACUGGUGCUGCUGCUGCUGAAGAAUCAAAAGAAGAAGCUAAAGAAGAAGAAGCUGAAGAAUCUGAUGAAGAUAUGGGUUUUGGUUUAUUCGAUUAA